AUGGAGCAGCGAAGGCCACCAGAGCAACGCCGACGCGAAGAAGCCGAAGAACGCGCAGACGCAUCGCGACCAUUGACACUCCAACAAUAUCUCGAAACAUGUCAUUCUCUCAGCCUCGCUGUCGAAAUAAUAACCGACCGUUCUUUGACGACACAAGCGGACACGACGAAGCCGACCGGCCGAAUUUACCCUCGACGAAUUAUUCUGUGGACCACAUUCGCGACGGAACAAGAACAUAUCUGGAACGAGCUUUCCUUCAGUCACUUCUUUUCUUCCCAACCCGCCUUUCCAUCCCGACACCAGCAGGAUUACGUGAGAUCCUUGCUUCGCCCAGUCAGCAGCGAGAUUGGACCUCGAAAUUGCGAGCGAGACGUCGUGGAACAUGCUGUCCAGAAGCUGAUGGACGUGACAUACAACGAUUCAUCGCUGAGGAGUUAUCUCGACCUCGAUAGAACGGUGACUUUUGAAAGCCACACGAACCUCGGUAUUACUGAUGACUCCCCUUCCGAAUCGAUGGAGCAAGUGUCGAUUGGCUCCAGACCGCCCAGCCGAAUAACUCGACAAUAUCGAAAGACACGAGGGAAGGGCAACCGAGGGGGCCAGUUCUGUAUAUACCGGACCUCUGACGAUCAAAAUAUCACUGUCAUCGCGAUCGAGUAUAAAGCGCCACAUAAGUCGAGACGUGGCGAGAUUGUCAUAGGGCUGGCCUUAGAGAUCCAGCCGGAUUGUGAUGUGAUCAACCAGGAGGGUGAGGGAUAUGAAUUUGCAGCGACGCGACUUGCUACUGACGUCGUGACCCAGCUCUUCUCUUACAUGAUAGGUAAAGGCAUCCAGUACGGGUACAUCGAUACCGAGGAGACAUAUGUAUUCCUCCACUGCUGCUUUCAACUACAACGGCUGGAACCAUACAGCUACCAGCGAUUCUUUUCCCAUGCCAGUGACUUUUAA